AUGGCCGAGACACCCGCCGGCGAUGCCGUGAACGGCACGAAUGGAGACGCUCCGAAGAACAAGCUGCUCGAGCAGGUCGUCAGGACACCAGCACGACAGCCUUCGCCGCAGCCCACGCACCUGAGCGUGCCAGGAGCCAUCCCCCACCGAGUUCUACACGAGAAGGGCUCGGGAUAUGUCGCGCCCAAAUUCGAGGGCAAGGCAGAGCAGAUGGAAGAAGUCAUGGAUCAGGUGGAAGCAAAAGGCUUCAUCCCCGGUGAUGUGGUCGAGCACGAGACCAGCUGGUUCUACAAUGAGCUCGGAAUUGAUGACAUGUACUUCAGCACCGAGUCGGUCGAGGCCAUUGUCAGUCACAUCCACUCGCUCUACGCUGCCAAGGUCGCGGCGUAUGCCAGAGACGACAAGAAGCUGGAGAUCCGGCUGGACAAAGAGGCGGCUGAUCAUGCGGUGUACAUCGAUACCAGUGUGCCGGGAAUCAGCUCGCCAGAUGGCUCGGGAUUCGAAUUGAGGCUCGAGCAGAAGUAUCUCGAUGGCAGCAGGGGUCUGCACAGCUACCGCGUCGAGUCGUUCAGAUCGCCUAGCAGUAUUCCCGGUGGACAGGACCAGUCGUUGAGGUGCUACUUCGUAUACCAGGCCAGCUUCAAGAACAAGAACCCUCCUCCACACGAGACCAGAGUGGAAGAGCUUGGAGACGAGCGAUUCCUUCAAAAAACGACUAGCAAUACCAGAGCUAUCUACCAGGAUGUCAUGGACGCCGUGGUCCAGCGGACAGGCCCUGUCAUCGACAUGUACGAUGUCGAGGGCUCGCGCGAGAAGAGACUGGUUGUGGGUUUCAAGCGAGGCUCUGCUCUCGGCCUGUUCGCCGCGCUGAGCGACCUCUACCAUUAUUACGGCCUAACAUCGUCGAGAAAGUACGUCGAACAAUUCAGCAACGGCAUCACGAUCAUGUCGAUGUAUCUGAGGCCUUCCCAGAAGGAAUCGACAAGAUUUCCGCCAAUCGAGGCCAGCAUCCACCAGGUCAUGAAGGAGGUCUCCCUCCUCUACUGUAUUCCACGGAACCGUUUCCAGUUGCACUUCAGCAGUGGCCGUCUCUCCCUCCAAGAGUCGAUUUACGCCCACUGCGUAUGGGUCUUUGUUCAGCAUUUCUUGAACAGACUUGGAAACGAGUACAACACGUUGCGAUCAGUGCUCGACAUUAACAACAGCGUCCACGCGGAACUUCUUACGAAGCUGAAGAAGAGACUGCGUACCGAGACCUUCACUGCGGAUUACAUUCUUGAGAUCAUCAACCAAUAUCCGGAUCUGAUCAAGUCAUUGUACCUCUCCUUCGCCAACAUCCAUUACGUACAGACCCGCGGCGAGCAAGACGACUUCCUGCCGACUCUCUCUUAUUUGCGGAUGAAGGUGGAACGUCCCCUCGGUGACGACGAGCUCAAAGAUCUCAUCUCCAAGAGUGUUAUCAAUGAGCACCACGAAAUGGUCAUGACCGCUUUCCGCAUCUUCAACAAAGCUGUCCUCAAGACCAAUUUCUACACACCUACCAAAGUCGCACUCAGCUUCCGCAUGAACCCAUCAUUCCUCCCCUCUGAGGAGUACCCUCAACCACUCUAUGGUAUGUUCUUGGUCAUCGGUUCGGAAUUUAGAGGGUUCCACCUGCGCUUCAGAGAUAUUGCGCGAGGCGGCAUUCGCAUUGUCAAGUCGAGGAGCGGCGAAGCCUACGCUAUUAACGCACGGUCUCUGUUCGACGAGAACUACAACUUGGCCAAUACGCAGCAGCGCAAGAACAAGGACAUUCCAGAAGGCGGUAGCAAGGGUGUUGUCUUGCUUGAUAUCAAACAUCAAGACAAGGCCAAUGUUGCUUUUGAGAAGUACAUCGACAGUAUCAUGGACCUGCUGCUACCGCCUACGAGCCCUGGUAUCAAGGACCCGAUUGUCGAUCUGCAUGGAAAGGAGGAGAUCUUGUUUAUGGGCCCCGAUGAGAAUACCGCCGACCUUGUCAAUUGGGCGACUGAGCAUGCCAGAGCUCGUGGCGCGCCUUGGUGGAAGUCAUUUUUCACCGGAAAGUCUCCUAAACUUGGAGGAAUUCCUCACGAUUCUUACGGGAUGACCACCCUGAGUGUGAGGGAGUACGUGAAGGGAAUCUAUCGAAAGCUCAACCUCGACGAGAAGGAGGUGCGGAAGCUGCAGACUGGUGGUCCUGAUGGCGAUCUUGGUUCCAACGAGAUCAUCCUGGGAGACGAGAAGUACGUUUCGAUAGUCGACGGCUCUGGAGUUCUGGUGGAUCCAAACGGCCUUGACCGAAGCGAGUUGCUGCGCCUGGCCAAGGAGCGGAAGAUGAUCGUCCACUUUGAUAUCUCCAAGCUCUCCAAGGAUGGAUAUCGCGUACUUGUCGAGGAGAACAACGUUGUCCUACCGUCAGGAGAAGUUGUCAACAACGGCACGACAUUCCGAAACACCUUUCAUCUACGCGAUACGGAGAAGUACGACGUAUUUGUACCCUGCGGUGGCCGUCCGGAAUCCAUCGAUUUUACCAGCGCAAGCAAACUCAUCUCCAAAGGAAAGGCCACAAUCCCGUACAUUGUCGAAGGAGCCAAUCUCUUCAUCACGCAAGAAGCCAAACUGCGUCUGGAGAGAGCCGGCUGCAUUGUCUUCAAAGACGCUUCAGCCAACAAAGGUGGCGUUACAUCAUCCUCGCUCGAAGUUCUUGCUUCCCUCUCAUUCGAUGAUCAAUCUUUCCUGCAAGAGAUGUGCGUCGGUAGCGAUGGGACUGUACCGCAGUUCUAUCAGGAAUACGUUAAGCAGGUACAGAAGGUUAUUCAGGAGAAUGCGAGAUUGGAGUUCGAGGCUAUCUGGAGGGAACAUGAAGAGACGGGCGUGGCGAGGAGUAUCCUUUCCGACCAGCUGAGUGUGGCGAUCACAAAGAUGGACGAGGAACUGCAGGGGACGGCACUGUGGGAGAACGUGGAAUUGAGGAGGAGUGUUUUGAAUGAUGCGCUGCCCAAUCUGCUGCUGGAGAAGAUUGGACUGGAGAAGAUCUUGGAGAGGGUAAGUCUCGAUCUCAUCAUCUCGAUGAUCCCGUCCAUGUUAUGAGCUGACAUUGUCGCAGGUUCCCGAGAACUACCUCCGAGCCAUCUUUGGCAGUUUCCUGGCGAGUCGCUUCAUCUACACAAUGGGCAUCUCGGCGUCGCCGGUCAGCUUCUUUGCGUUCAUGAACCAGCGCAUGGCGCACAUGGCUGGCGUGAAUGGUGCGACAGUGUGA